UCCUGCUCUCUGACAUUGCAGCCUCUGAGUGACCAGCAGACCCGGGUGCUGAGCCUGUCCAUGACCAUACCUGUUGGUGAUGGCUGGGGUGAAGGGCAGUGCUUUCUCUGGGGAGCAGGUCUGUGCCAGGCUGCCUGAGACAGGCCUGUAUUCUGACCAGACAGAGCUGCUGCUCAGAAACCUGCAGCCCAGCGCAGAGCUCACCGUCUACGGCCCCGCCGCAGCACUCGACAGUCUGAAGGUAUCGUCCAGUUCUCUGUCCAUCUCAUUUCAGGAGAGAGAGGUGUCCCACGGCUUCCCCAGAUUCUUGAAUUACAUGGUCAGUGCCUUGGACCCCCAGGCUGCAGCCUCAGUCUCCAUAACCAGCUCAUCCACUGGCCACACCCUCGUCAUCCCAGUCACUCUCAUUCAUGUGGCUGACCCCAGCACCACCAUGCAAGCUGCUGCUCCCGUGGUUACCAUGGAGGGAGCCCAUUUCCUGCAGCGCUUCAUAGACCCCUACCAGAUGAUGUUCUUCACCAUUUUCGCUCUACUGGCUGGCAGUUGCCACUUUCUUCCAGGAUACCCCGGCCAGGUCGAUUAGAAAGGCCUGCUCGCUGAAGUGUUUCAGGGAGCGUUUGACAGUGAUGAGUGGGGGUCGUUUGACCGCUGACCCAUUACGGAUGCAGGCAAUGAGGCAGUGAUCGCUGAAAACAGCAGAGGUGUAUUUAGAGGGCAAGUUGGUUAGGAUGAUGUCUAUGAGGGUGCCCGUGUUUACGGCUUUGGGGUUGUACCUGGUGGGUUCAUUGAUAAUUUGUGUGAGAUCGAGGGCAUCAAGCUUAGAUUGUAGGAUGGCUGGGGUGUUAAGCAUGUUCCAGUUUAGGUCGCCUAGCAGCACGAACUCUAAAGAUAGAUGGGGGGCAAUCAAUUCGCAAAUGAUGUCCAGAGCACAGCUGGGGGCAGAGGGUGGUCUAUAGCAGGCGGCAACGGUGAGAGACUUGUUUUUAGAGGUGGAUUUUUAAAAGUAGAAGUUCAAAUUGUUUGGGUACAGACCUGGAUAGAACUCUGCAGGCUAUCUUUGCAGUAGAUUGCUGCACUCUACCCUUCAGGUAGAAACCUGUCAUUUUUUACAAUAUGUCUUAAAUUGUUUUUGUUUUACCAAUGUACAAAUACAAUAAGGCAUAAUUUUAAUUGACUAGGCAAGUCAGUUAGGAACACAUUCUUUCAAUGAUGGCCUAGAAACAGUGGAUUAACUGCCUUGUUCAGGGGCAGAACGACAGAUUUUUACCUUGUCAGCUCGGGAUUUGAACUUGCAGCCGUUCGGUUACUAGUCCAAUGCUCUAACCACUAGGCUACCUGCUGCUCCUAACAUGCAUUCAAAUAGAACCAGUGGGAAACGGAGCACACAAGUGGUACAACAUAACUCAUAACUCAUUCAUUCAUCAAUUUCAGGAGUCUUUUUGCCAACUGUUUUCUCCUUAUACAUUCAAUGAAUCAAAGUAAUUAAACAUUUAUUUCUGAAAAGCAAAGCAAAGGCUUUUUAUGAAUAUAAAAUUUACUCAAAAUAAGUAGAACUUUCAAUAGAAAUGUAAUGUUCUUAUUUUCCAUUAUUAUACCAAAAGUUACAUUAUCUUUAGUAAAGUGGGAUAUGGGAAAGAUGUUUUUCUAACCAGUGAUACAUGUCACUCCAGAAUUUGUUUCUAUAAAGCACAAAGGAAAAACAAAUGGUGUUUCAAUUUCUGUGGCACAAAAUAGUUAUUGUGAUCAAACUUGAAUCUAUGCCAAAGGAAUUCUCCCAAAGAACAUAUUUUUAUUUCACCUUUAUUUAACCAGGUGGGCUAGUAGAGAACAAGUUCUCAUUUACAACUGCGACCUGGCCAAGAUAAAGCAAAGCAGUGCGACACAAACAACAACACAGAGUUAGUUACACAUGGAAUAAACAAGCGUACAGUCAAUAACACAAUAGAAUAAAAGAAAGUCUAUAUACAGUGUGUGCAAAUGGCAUGAGGAGCUAAGGCAAUAAACAGGCCAUAGUAGCGAAGUAAUUACAAUUUAG